GCCCGUGGCCGCUUCCUCACCGCCGCUAGGGGAGGAGCGCCUGAGGAGAGAAACCGAGCGCACGCUGGUAUUCAGACUCCCAGGAGACAAAGAGGCUGGGAGCUUUUCUUCAGAGGUCCCUGCGCGGUGGGGAUGCUGCUUGGCUAGUAAAGGACCCCGGAGAAAAUUGUGUGCUAUAUACUAUGGGAUGGGUGAGGAAGAGAACAGAUACACCUCUCAGCUCAAGGAUGUGUAUGACAGCUGUGAUACCACAGGCACUGGGUAUUUGGACAAGGAGGAGCUGACUGAGUUGUGCCACAAACUACAUCUGGAAGGAGAGCUCCCCUUACUUUUGGAAACACUUUUGGGAAAUAAUCACUUUGCCAGAGUUAGUUUUGAAGAGUUUAAGGAAGGUUUUGUGACCAUAUUGUCUUCGAAUAUCAAUCUUGGCCUUUCAGAUGAUGAGAGCAGCUAUCUGGAGCCAGUUAUUCCAGAUGAGAUUGAGCCCAAGUAUAUCACUGAGGCCAAAGGGUAUGGUUACCGGACAAGGCCAGACCUUGAAAAUGCCAUGUUGGAAACCCCCAAAUAUUUACAAGAGGAGCAAAGAAAUAUAAAUGUAAAAAGUCAGCUGAGACAUUCAACUUCUUUGGAGAGUGUGGAGAGCCUCAAAUCAGAUGAAGAGACUGAAAACUCAAAAGAAGAACAGCAGCAGACCUUUGAAGGCCAAGGUCAAAUGUGUACCUGGGAUGAUAACCUCAUUGACAAUCCUAGAGAAGUCUCCACCUCAUGUUUGAACACGACUGACAAUCAGAUUAGAGUUACUUGGGAAGAUCUUGGCAUUGGAAAUAAUGGAUACCUCAACAAACAAGAGCUGGAUAUUGUUUGUAAGAACCUUGGACUCAAAGAGAUGGAAAAAGAGGAACUUGAAGAAUUAUUUUACAAAUUGGAUAGUGAUGGAGAUGGCAGAGUAAGCUUAAAGGAAUUCCAGCACGGCUUAUUCAGCCACAUCUGCAUUCCUUGUCCUUUUUCUUCCACGCCACUUAAAUCAAAAAGGCAAAGACCACACUCUAAUCAGAUUUUGAAAGACAAUGGUCAACAAACUGCAAUUCCAUCUCUUUUAUCCAACUCAAUGGCUUUGAAUCUUUUCUCCAGCAUUAACGAUGGCAGUGGUUUUGCAAGUGUGGACCAAGUUGUCUCCAUCUGGGCCUGGGAAGGGAUUGAAAACUGUAAAGAGAUUUUUAAGAGUCUUGAUUAUAAUGUGGAGGAGCGAGUGAACCUCCUAGAGCUUUCUAUGAUCCUUGAUGAUGAAUUAAUUGCUUCCAAGAAUGGACUUCAACAGGCAGCUGUUGCCUCUUAUAAGCAUGAACUUCAUCAUCUACAAGCACAAGUGGAACGAAUUUCUGGUGAGAGAAACAAAACAAGAGCUGAGCUGGAAAAAGUCAAAAAGAGAAAUUGCCAGCUUUUUAAGGAAGUAGAUGAUAACCAUAGUGCUCUGGAGCAUCACAAUGAGAGUAAAAUCAGAGCUCUUGAGCAAGAUUUCAAAGGAAAACUAAUGGCAAUAAAGUCUGAUGUCAGGAUGGAACAGGAAUUGCUCAUGCAACAAAUGCACCAUCAGAGAACCAAGUUAGAAGCAGAUUUCAGGUACCUUCAAGAGGAGGACUCUAGUUUAAGGAAAAAGCUGACGUUGAUGAUCAAGGAAAAUAGUCGCUUACAGAAUGAAGUUGCUGAAGUGGUUCAAAAACUGAGUGAAUCUGAAAAUCAAGUUUUGAAACUUCAAGGAGAUCUUAAUUUUAUUUUGAAAGACAAGCUGGGAUUACUGGAUCCAUACAGUACAGAACUAUUCGAUCAAGAAGCACGCUUUGCUAAAAUCAUUCAGGAAUAUGAACUGCAAUGUCGGGAACUGCAUGACAAGAAUGAUGAGUUACAGAUGGAGGUGGAAAAACUGAGAUCCCUGCUGCAUGCAAACAAGUCUAACCUAGCAUGCUACAAAAUGAAGACCAGCAACACUGGAGAGAGGUCCUUGCCUGGAAAUGAAAAAGCUAGCAUUAUAGAUGACACUUUCUUAACAUCUAAUCCCUAUUCAGUAAGUAUAGAAACAGAACUUCUGGUGGAAGACUUAAAAGAACAGAAUCAAACUAUAAAAACACAGCUAGAAACUAAGGUCAAUUACUAUGAACGGGAAAUAGAACUUAUAAAAAAUAAUUUUGAGAAAGAAAGGAAGGAUACUGAGCGAAGUUUCAGGAUCAAGAUUAGUGAAUUGGAAGAACAAAAGAAUGCCCUGGAAGAACAGAAUGAGAAAUGCCAGGAAGUGAUUGAUGGUUUGAAAAGCCAGGAUCGGAAGGUAGAUCCUAUCCAAGAAAUGAAGAGAUUUGAGAAGGAGAGGGCAGAAAUGGAACAGUGCUAUGCUAAAGAAAUGUCAAACUUAGGUCUGAGGCUGGCCCAGGAAAGGGAAAGAUUGGAAGAUGACUUGAAGAUGAAGCAUGAAAUGGAGAUACAUUUUAUGAGAGUGGAUCUGCACAGGGUUUCAGAAGACAAUAUCCUCUUAAAAAAUAAACUUGGAAAAUGUCAGCGAGAAAUAGAGGAGAUUGGUGAUAUAAACGAAAAGCACAGAAAGCACAUUGAUGAAUUGAAAAUGGAGAGAGAGAAGAUGAUGUAUGAAAUAAAAGAAUUAAAUGACUUGAACAAAUGCUUCAAAGAGGAAAUCUUACAGCUGAACACCAGGACUGCUCAGCUAAGCCAUGAAUACAUUGAAUUAAGCAGCAAGAAUAAAGCCAAUCAGAAAACAAUCAAGAUACUGAAUCAGAGGUUUCUUGAAUUGGAGAGCCAAAAAAACCAAGAAGCUAUGGUAGCCAAGCAACUUCGGGAGGCCUCUGCUGAGAUGAAAAAGGAGCAUUUUCAGCACCAGUUGACAUGGCAGGGGGAAAAGGACUUGCUAGAUCAAGAGUUGAAAUCGCUGAAGGAAAAGCUGUUAGAAGCUAACACCAGAUUAAGUCAAGCUGAGUCUCAGCAUGCACAUGAGCUGCAACAGCUGAAGACCCAGACGGACAAUACAGUACCUAAGGACCAUCUCAUUGAGCUUCAAACCAGAUUGGCAGAAGAACAGAAAACAGUCAGAAAAUUGCAAGGAGAUCUAGACUUACAGGCAGAACAAAUGAAAUGGCAACUGGCUAUUUAUCAAGAAGAAUAUGAAAAUGCACAUAGAUUAAUGGAGGAGAAGAUGGGGGAAGUAGAGAUGAAUUUGAAAAAUACACAAAUAUUGCUGCAGGAAAAAAUGUCCCAAAUUAAGGAACAAUUUGAAAAAAAUGCCAAGUCUAAUCUAUUGCUGAAGGACCUGUAUGUGAAGAAUGCACAUCUGAUGAAAAUGCUGCAAGUUACAGAGCAGAUGCAGAAGAACACGGAAAAUAGGAACUUAAUUCUAGAAGAAAAAAUUUCAUCCUUGAAUAAGCUAGUUGGAGAAAUCACAUUUGCAUCUCAGUGAAUUAUUCAUUGAAAUGAAUUGGUUUCCAUUAAGCUGUCUUAAGUGGCAAUCAGUAGUAAAGAUAUUAAUUGGUCAAGUUUGUUCUUCAUAUUUCAGACUGAAUACAAAACUUCUUAUUCUCACAAACAGAACUCUAUAUGAGAUAGCCAUCACUUCAGUGGGAAAAAUACAAAUGCUAUUUAAAAAAAAUAGGAAGAACAAUAAGCAAAUACAUUCUGAAGAUGAGGAAACACGAGCAACUCUACAGCAAUAAAAAUCCAUUUUUUUCCAAUGGAAAAGUUUAAUCAUUUAAUGCCUUCUGGAUAAAUUUCACAGAAACAGGAUAUGCUACACUGUAUCAUUUGGGGACCAGACAUUUAUUGUGAUUUCAACUUCUUGUCCCCUGUCUGUCUAUACACUGGCUAAAGAGUGGGUGAAUGUGUGUGUGUACAUAAACACAAGAUUUUAUGUAAGUGUAAAAUAUUAACUCAUUGAAUUAUGUGCUGUAGUAUUGCAGAACUGUAAACAACCCAAUGAACCUCUUUUUUUUGCUUUAGGUAUCUGACACAUUUUAAUUAAAUAGUAUCUAUACAGUUUGUUCUCACUUGAUGGUUUUUAAUUGUAUAAAUGGCUUUGCGAAGCAGACAUAUGUUCUUUUUGCUAGGAUGGCAAAAUAUACAUAUUCCUCCUCUGACUUUAAUGGCCACAGCAGAUACUGUGUGUUGUGCCAUCAGUGCACUCUUCAUAUCUUUAAAAGGAAUUUGUUAUUAAUUUGCUAUUAAGAUGAAAACAUUAUUUCACCUGAAAAACCAGUGGGGCUCCCCUUUUCCAUCAAAGUUAAAGUGCUAUAUUUUCAUUAGGAACAUUAGACAUGUAACUAGCUGUCAUUAUAGACAAAAUACUGAAAUAAACUAUGAGUUCAAAAGGGGAUUACUAUGUUGUUACUCAGGGGCUUGGAGAAAACGGCUGUAGCUGACUACCAUCCCCAGCUUGACUUGCUAUAGGACCCAAACCUGCAUGAAUAGAUUUCAGAGAAAGCAACUUCGCUACUUUUCCAGCCAAGUCUCAGUAAUACAUCUCAAAUCCACCUCCUUGUCCACCAUCAAAUCAUAAAUGGAUGCCAUCUUAUUGCAUACAGAGCUUGCAUUUUCCAAUAGCACUUAAGGACCAAUCCUUUGACAAGGGAUACAAAGUUAAAAGAUUAAAUCACACUAAAUUGGAUAUCAGCUUGUCGGGAAUGACCUAAUACUUACAGCUGCAUUAAAUAGUUUUGAAUUGUAAACUCAAAGGCCAUACUAUGCCUAGUAACUUAAAUCAUCCACAAGAUGUGCAAUAUUUCCAAGGAAAGGCAGAGACAAAUAGGGAUAAUCAUGCAGGCUGCCAUUUCUCCAUUCUCAGUAAUAUCUUGCAGAGACUGAUGAAAUCAACUAUCCCAGUGUGGGAAAACUAUUUUACAGAAGAUAAUCUGAAUGCAGUCUAGAAAGCACAAAAAGGCAUAGAGAGGUUUUAUUCCCUUAGCACUUUUUAAAAAAAGCAUUCUACACAUAAACUACUGUUUUUCUUGGCUCCUUGACUAAAAUGGAAACAUUCAGUUCAACCUGGGAAUGUAGAAUUUGUGCCUUAUCUCAAAUCAUGCUUCCAAGAAGAGAAAAACAACUCAGCAAUUUAUAUUUUAUGUACUCGUCAAAGAAGCGAGUUGUUGUCAAUUUGUGCAUCUACACUUGAUUUAGAGUUUGUAGGGCGGAACAAAGAACUCUAACGGGGAUGCCAAGACAGUAACAAAUCUUGAGAAAUGCUUAUUAAGAAAUUGCCCACAGAUGCAGCAUCAGAAGGAUACAAACUCAAACAACUGGGUGAGCCCUAAUAGCAGGAAAGGUUUAUGUUCCAAAAUUUGGCUGCAAGGAAGUUGAGAAAAAGAGAUAAAUCUUACAGCUUGUCUCUCCCCUAUCUCCCUGUCCUUUGGAAUCCCUAUUUAGUUCUGGGGGAACUGAAGGGGAAAUCAAUGUACUGUAUUUGCACUAAUUGGAGAGGAAGAGAUUACAACACAGUAAGCAAGCAGAUAAUGGGGAAUACACAUUGAAAAGAAUGCUUUUGUGCUUUCUUAGCUCCUGUCUGGAGGCAAAAGAAAAUCUUUAGGAAACUGAUUAGAAUCAUGCCAAUUUCAGAUAGCUGUGGAAGCUGGCCCAAGGUGCUAGUAACUGAUCAAGGUCAUUGAGCUUGUUAACAGGAAGGGAGAUUCCUAUGUUUAGCACCUUUAAGAAAAAUGUGCUGCAAAGAAAAGCAGUUUAGAAUGAGACAGGUUGUUCAAGCAAUCUCUUCCUUCUGCAAUGGAGGAAAUUCUAAGAAAAGAGCGAAAAGGAAAAAAUACAGAAAAUAGGAGUUAGGCAAACAUGCACAAGAUAGGAGUAUAUUACUAGUUGGAAUACAAACCUAAAUA